CAGAGCCGGAGGGCUGAGGACAGUCCCUGGACGGUGUCUGCUGCCCACCCUGGAGUGUGGUGCUGACCCCCUGCAGGCUUCACUUCCCCGAGGGCUUCGGUCAAUUGUGAAUGUGUCCGGGCCUUUUCCCAUGCCCUUGGGAGUAAGCAGCAUUUGGGAUUCUCCCAGUCAGGAACAGGAAAUGCUUUCCGGCGUCGUGGUCCUCUCCAGUAGGGACUCUGUCCAGCACCAAGGAGUGUCCCUGACGAUGGAAGGGACUGUGAACCUCCAGCUCAGCGCGAAGAGUGUGGGUGUGUUCGAAGCUUUCUACAAUUCUGUGAAGCCGAUCCAGAUUAUCAACAGCACCAUAGAAAUGGUGAAGCCAGGAAAGUUUCCCAGUGGCAAAACAGAAAUUCCUUUCGAAUUUCCUCUGCACGUGAAGGGCAACAAAGUCCUCUAUGAGACAUAUCAUGGCGUGUUUGUCAACAUUCAGUACACGCUGCGCUGUGACAUGAGGCGGUCGCUGUUGGCCAAGGACUUGACGAAGACCUGCGAGUUCAUUGUCCACUCCGCUCCGCAGAAAGGGAAGCUGACCCCGAGUCCGGUGGACUUCACCAUCACACCGGAGACCCUACAGAAUGUCAAGGAGAGAGCGUUGCUGCCCAAAUUCCUCAUUAGAGGCCACCUCAGCUCCACCAACUGCGUGAUCACACAGCCGCUGACGGGCGAGCUGGUGGUGGAGCACUCGGAUGCCGCCAUCCGGAGCAUCGAACUGCAGCUGGUCCGCGUGGAGACGUGCGGGUGCGCGGAAGGCUACGCCCGAGACGCCACAGAGAUUCAGAACAUUCAGAUCGCCGACGGCGACGUGUGCCGGGGCCUCUCAGUCCCCAUACACAUGGUCUUCCCCAGGCUGUUCACCUGCCCCACGCUGGAGACCACCAACUUCAAAGUGGAAUUCGAGGCCAACGUCGUCGUGCUGCUCCAUGCGGAUCACCUCAUCACCGAGAACUUCCCGCUGAGGCUGUGCCGCACGUAGCCUGGGCACAGGGAAGGGGGCCGGGGGGGUGGUGGCAGGCGGCUCUCCCACGCCAGGGAGCCGAGGCUGGCAGCGCACACUUUUUCACGCUUGUUCUGUAUCAGAAGUGAGUCUGACCUCCUCCUUUCCCUCGAGGCUUCUGCGUCCUGCAGGCUCCGCCACCCAGACCUUUCCUGAGGGGGCAGUGGGUUCCUAGUGCUGGUUUUGAGAGCACAGAAGACAUCCCUGCUGGCUCCUGAGUUCCCAGCGAACCAGAUCUGUCUGCAGUUCCAGCCUUGCUUUACAGGAACAUCCUGGGGACAGAAGGGAGCCACCCUCUGGAUGCCAGUGCACGAAGCCUGGCAUUCAGGCAAGGCUCCAUGGCCAGUCACACACGAAGGGCCUGCUGGUCACUUGUGAGGGCACAGAUGCUCCCUGGGGAGGCGAGUCAGGUGCACCCACUGGACAUGUGGAGCCUUUGUCCUCUCUUGUGUGGCUCCUAUGACGUUUUUCACAGUAACUUCAAAUAUUUUAGGGGCUUGGACAAAAAGCAUUCUGUGCUUUCCCAGGUCGGAGGGAGUCAGCCCCGUGGCCGAGCUGCAUGUCUGUAGUCUCCCGAGCCAGCGUGCGGUGCGCCCUCUCUCCUGGCUGUGCAGAAUGGCAGGAGCCUCUGCCCAGGGCGGGUGGAGAGGGUGCAGCACCCCUGGCUUGAUGAACAUGGGCGCCCCGGCCACCCGAGGGAUGGUGCUCCCCGCCCAUGUCCCCCAGCCUAGCACUGUGGCCCCGUGUGCAGCCCACAGUGACUCGCCAAGAGAGCCACACUGCCUGCCGGGCGCCCAGCCUGUCUUCCGUAGGCGCUGCUCCUGCGGGCUGGCUCAGACCGAGGCCUCCGCUGCCUCGGUGAGAUUGAGCCAAGCCAUUGGGAAGCUGGUUCCCUAGAAUUCGCUUCUGCCUUGUAAAUCUUGUGCGGUCACGUGACAGCAGGAAUUCCAUGUCCUUGACGUGUUUGAACAGAGAGGCCAUGCUUUCUGGGAAAUUUGUAAGCAAGAAGUCAUUUUUCAUGAAAUAAAAAAUUUUAAUGAAAAAAAAUUUUUUAAUGAAUACAAUAAAAGCUAAGUGGCAAUUUUGAGAAAA